AUGAAAUGUAAAUAUUGUGAUUUAGAAUAUAGUUUAGUAGAAUGUUCAACAUGUAACAUAAAGUUUUGUAAUUCUAGAAGUCUAUCAUCCAUCUCACACAUAAUUUUCCAUUUAGUGAAAACUAAACACAAAUCUAUAAAAAUUGAUAACAAAGAUGUUAUCUGCAUUAAAUGCAAAGAAGAUAAUAUUUUUAAAUUAAGGAAAUACAAUGAGAAUAUUUUCUGUAAAAAAUGCAGUGAUUAUGGUGAUUUAAUAGUAGAUGAAAGGUGUCUUACACUUGUAGAUUCUCCUUGUAUAGAUAAAGGUAAAAAGCUUACUAAACAACAGAUGACAGAAAUAGAAGAACAGUCUUCUGAUUAUUUACCAGUUAUAAAAUCCAGAUUUGAACCAGAAGAAUAUGUAAAUAUUUUUAGUGCAUUAAUUGAUGCAGAAUGUCAAAAAGAGAAAGAAAUUAAAGAGAGCAUGAAACAGUCAAAUGUGGUAGUAAGAUGGGAAAAUAUGAAAUUUGGAUAUUUUUAUUUUCAGAGAUCUGAUGCAGAUUUAAAAAUAAAUAUUGGUGAUGAAAUAAAGUUAACUCAUAAAAGUGGACUAAUUAUUACUGGAUUUAUAAGUAAUGAUAGUUUUACUGAGGAAUUGAAAUUUGAGGUAGAUCACUACGGGGAUUAUCCUAGAAGUGGAUAUACUAUUGAAUACAUCUGGCGUGGUGUGUGUUAUGAAAGAAUGAAAUGGGCAUUGAAUAAAUUGUACAAUAUGUAUUUACGUAAAAAUACAAAUGAAAUGACAUUAUAUGAAUAUUUAAUUAGAGGAGGAAAAGAAUAUGUAAAUAAUAAUAUUGAAUUAGAGACAGUACCUAAUAUGCCAAAACUUAAUAAAUUUCAGGAAAUAUCUGUAAAAGCGGCAUUAAGUAGAAAAGUCACUCUUAUUCAAGGACCCCCUGGCACAGGAAAAACACUCGUAUCCGCUGCAAUAGUUUAUAAUUACAUUAAGAAAUUUAAAGGUAAAGUUUUAGUGGUAGCACCUUCUAAUACCGCCGUAGAUCAAUUGACUCUUAAAGUUCAUAAAACAGGACUAAAGGUUAUAAGAGUAAUGAGUAGAAGAAGGGAAUAUACACAAUCAGAUGUAAAUUUCUUAUCUUUACAUGAAAAUGUUAAAGAUUUACAGACUAUGUGUAACAUGAGUGAUGAAGAAGAUGAAGAAAAUAUAAAAAAACGCCUUUUAAAUCAGGCAGAUGUUAUAACUUGUACUUGUGUGACCGCUGGACAGAAAAUGUUUAAUAAAAUGAAAUUUUCUUGUGUUCUGGUGGAUGAAGCAGUACAAUCUACUGAACCACUAAAUAUUAUACCAUUAGUGUAUGGCUGUACAAAACUUAUAUUAGUAGGAGAUCAUAAACAGUUAGGCCCUACUAUUUUAUGUAAAAAAGUAGCAAAGGCGGGAUUUAAACAAAGUUUAUUUGAAAGAUUAAUUUUAUUAGGAAUUUCUCCUUAUAUUUUAUCUUUACAGUACAGAAUGCAUGCUGAUCUGUGCGAAUGGCCUUCAGAGACUUUUUAUAACGGCGAAUUACAAACCGGUAAUAGACUUUUUUAUAAACUUAAUAUAGGAAUUCCUCAUAAUUUCUUUUAUGCUUGUUACGGUAAAGAAGAGGUCAGUACAAGUGGAACAUCUUUUGUUAAUCCUAUGGAAGCUUUAUAUUGCGAAAGUAUUAUAAGACACCUUUUUAAAUCUGGAAUAACUGAAAAGCAAAUAGGUGUUAUAACACCUUAUGAAGGUCAAAGAUCUCAUAUUCUUAAUAGAAUUUUUGGAUCAGAACCAGGAAAUCUAGAAAUAAGUAAUGUUGAUGGAUUCCAAGGUAGAGAAAAAGAUUAUAUAAUUGUCAGUUUGGUUCGAUCUAAUCUUUAUCAAGGUAUAGGAUUUGUAGGAGAUAAAAGAAGAAUGAAUGUAGCACUUACAAGAGCUAAACAUGGACUUAUUAUCAUUGGCAAUCCGAAUACGAUGAUAAAACAUGAUGCUUGGAAAUCUUUAUUGGAAUUUUAUGAAAAAAAAGGACUUGUUUUAGAAGGACCUUUAGGAGAUUUAAAGAAGGUUUCAUUAACUAAAAAUCGUAAACAUUUCGAUCUAAAAUCUAUUGCAGAAUCUAUAAAAUAA